GCCAUUCUCUAUGGCUCAGGGGGCCUUGGCGGAAGUGAGCGUCGAGGCUGAGAGAGAGAGAAGGAAAGAGAAGGUGGGCGCAGGGGCCGAGCGCAGAGGGCCCUUCUUUCUGUCGGGGCUGGCGCUUGGAGGGAGGCAUAGCAGCUGCCGCCUCCGCCAUCACCAUCAUCACCAUGGGAGUGCCCAAGUUCUACCGGUGGGUCUCGGAGCGCUAUCCCUGCCUCAGCCAAGUGGUCAAGGAGCACCAGAUUCCAGAAUUUGACAACUUGUACCUGGACAUGAAUGGUAUCAUUCAUCAGUGCUCACAUCCUAAUGAUGAUGAUGUUCACUUCAGAAUUUCUGAAGAUAAAAUAUUUGCUGAUAUAUUUCACUAUUUGGAAGUACUGUUUCGCAUUAUCAAACCACGGAAAAUUUUCUUCAUGGCAGUCGAUGGAGUAGCUCCGAGAGCAAAAAUGAAUCAGCAACGUGGCAGGCGCUUUAGGUCAGCAAAGGAGGCAGAGGACAAAAUAAAAAAGGCAUUAGAAAAAGGAGAAACUCUUCCCACAGACGCCAGAUUUGAUUCUAAUUGCAUUACCCCAGGGACUGAAUUCAUGGCCAAGUUGCAUGAACACCUGAAGUAUUUUGUAAAUAUGAAGAUAUCUACAGACAAAUCCUGGCAAGGCAUAACUGUCUACUUAUCGGGCCAUGAGACACCAGGAGAAGGAGAACAUAAAAUUAUGGAAUUUAUAAGGUCUGAGAAGGCAAAGCCCGACCAUGAUCCGAACACAAGACAUUGUCUGUAUGGCUUAGAUGCUGACUUGAUUAUGCUUGGACUAACAAGUCAUGAGCCACAUUUCUCGCUUUUAAGAGAAGAGGUCCGAUUUGGUGGUAAAAAGUCACAAAGAGCAUGUGCCCCAGAAGAAACCACUUUCCAUCUGCUGCACUUAUCAUUAAUGAGAGAAUAUAUCGACUAUGAAUUUUCUCCAGUUAAAGGCAAGAUUUCAUUUCCAUAUGAAAUUGAAAAAAUAAUAGAUGAUUGGAUCUUAAUGGGAUUUCUUGUUGGAAAUGAUUUUAUCCCUCAUCUACCUCAUUUGCAUAUUAACCAUGAUGCACUGCCAAUGCUUUAUAGAACAUACAUGGCUGUAUUGCCUGAACUUGGAGGUUACAUUAAUGAAAGUGGGCAUCUCAAUUUACCACGCUUUGAGAAAUACCUUACAAAACUGUCUGAUUUUGAUCGUGAGCACUUCAGUGAAGUCUUUGUAGAUCUAAAGUGGUUUGAAAGCAAAGUAGGCAAUAAAUAUCUGAAUGAGGCCGCUGGUAUUGCAGCUGAAGAAUCAAAAAAACAUAAGAAACACAAGGGUGAAGAAAAUGCCUUAUGCUUGGCAGCUUUAGAGAAAAAGGACAAUAGAAAUGUAGUCAAUUCAAAAACUGCUUUAGAAGAUGAGCCAGAAGAUGAUGAUUUGUUUGAAACAGAGUUUAGACAGUACAAAAGAACUUACUAUAUGACAAAGAUGGGCGUAGAAGUAGUUUCAGAUGACUUUCUAGCAGAUCAAGCAAAAUGUUAUAUCCAGGCAAUACAGUGGAUAUUGCACUACUAUUAUCAUGGGGUUCAAUCAUGGAGCUGGUACUAUCCCUACCAUUAUGCACCUUACCUCUCGGAUAUCCGCAAUAUCAGUGACCUUAAGAUUCAUUUGGAUUUAGGAAAGCCAUUCAUGCCAUUUGAACAACUUCUUGCAGUCUUGCCAGCAGCUAGCAAGGAUUUGCUUCCAAAAUGCUACCAGCACCUGAUGACCUGUGAAGAUUCCCCCAUUAUUGAAUAUUAUCCACCAGAAUUUAAAACAGAUUUGAAUGGAAAGCAACAAGAAUGGGAAGCUGUGGUGUUAAUUCCAUUCAUCGAUGAGAAACAAUUGUUAGAAGCAAUGGAACCCUGCAACAAUUUCUUGACAGUAGAAGAAAGACAAAGAAAUAGGCACAGUGAAUGCAUAAUGUACUUACAUGAUAAUGAUACAGAGUUCCAGUACCUGUCACCAUGGCCAGAAAAGUUCCCUUCCAUAGAACGCUGCCAUACCAGGCAUAAAACUAUGUCCUUGGAUGCUUGGCGUGUAGAUAUAGCCCAUAAUAAAAUAACGAAAUUGGAUUUGGAAAGGGUGUAUUUCUGUGGUUUUCCUACUCUGAAGCACAUUACCCAUAAGUUCUAUCUGAAAAAAAAUGGGGUGCAGGUCUUUCAGCAAAGCAGUCAUGGAGAAAAUAUGUUGUUAGAAAUUCUAGUUACAGAAGAUUCAGAGGAACUGAACAUAGAAAAUGUAGCCAGUUCAGUCCUUGGCAAAUCUGUCUUUGUUAACUGGCCACAUCUGGAAGAAGCCAGAGCGGUUGCUGUAUCAGACGGUGAAACAAAGUUUAGUUUAGAGGAGCUUCCUGGAACACAGAAACUCUACAUGGGAAAUGCUGUGCCACCAACUAAAAUAACAUAUGUUGGAGAUAAAGAACAGAAUAUAUGGAUGAAAGAAAUCCAGGGAAUUUCAGAACACUACCAGAGAAGAAAAGGAAUUAUUAUUAAUGAAACAUCUGCCAUCGUAUAUGCUCAGUUACUUACUGGAUGUAAAUACCAGUUGAAUCAAAGUGGUGAAGUGAACUUGGAGAAGCAGUGGUCCAAGCAAGUUCUGCCUUUUGCAUACCAAACAAUUGUCAAGGAUAUAAAAACUUUUGAUUCCUGCUUUUCCAAGCUGAAAACUUUGGAUGAUCUAUUUCCUCUUGGAUGUACAGUCUUCAUGCUGGGAACACCAUACUAUGGCUGCACAGGAGAAGUUCAAGAUUCAUCUGAUGUUAUCUUAGAGGGUCGAAUCCGUGUUGUUUUCAACAUUCCAUGUGAACCGCAGUUAGAUGUCUUAAUACAGAAUCAACAUAAAUAUUCAGUGAAGUACAAUCCUGGAUACGUGUUGGCCAGUCGUCUUGGAGUGAGUGGCUAUCUUGUGUCAAGAUUUACAGGAAGCAUUUUUAUUGGAAGAGGAUCAAAGAGAAAUCCACAUGGAGAUCACAAAGCAAAUGUAGGAUUGAACCUAAAAUUCAAUAAAAAGAAUGAAGAAGUCCCUGGCUAUACAAAAAAAGUAGGAAAUGAGUGGAUGUAUUCCUCUGCAGUAGAACAACUUCUUGCUGAAUAUUUAGAAAGGGUACCAGAACUUUUUAGUUACCUAGCCAAAAACAGUCAAGAAGAUAUAUUCUAUGAAGAUGACAUUUGGCCUAGGGAAGAAGAGAAUGGUGCUGAGAAAGUUCAAGAAAUUGUUGCUUGGCUAAAGGCUCAUCCUGUUAGUACACUCUCACGUUCCUCUUGUGAUUUACUCAUUCUGGAUGCUGCUAUUGUUGAGAAGAUUGAAGAAGAAAUAGAAAAGUGCAAGCAAAGAAAAAGCAAUAAGAAAGUGCGUGUGACAGUAAAACCUCAUUUGUUAUACAGACCUUUAGAACAACAGCAUGGAAUUAUACCAGACCGUGAUGCAGAUUAUCGGCUAUUUGACCGUGUUGUGAAUGUGAGAGAGAACUUUUCUGUUCCCAUUGGACUUCGUGGGACCAUUAUAGGAAUAAAAGGAGCCAGCAGAGAAUCUGAUGUGCUGUAUGAAGUACUGUUUGAUGAAGAAUUUUAUGGAGGAUUAACAAUAAGGAGCUCACCUGCCAGAGGCUACCGCAUGCCAGCUAGUGCCUUAAUUAACCUUUCUUAUGGUAAUCGGUCUGAAACAGGAAAUCAGAAGCUAACUGCCAUAGUCAAACCUCAGCCAGCUGUGAGUCCCUACAGCUCAUAUUCACCUGAAUCAUUUUCUGUAUCUUCACAAAAAGCACAUCUAGGAGGUCUGAACCAUUCCCCUCGUUCCCUCUUUGUCCCAACUCGACAACUGAAUGCAAGGCAGCAUAACAGUCUCAAGGUUGAAAACCAGGGCAAUUCUGGGUCCCUCCAGAAAGGAACAUAUACAGUUGGCAAUCAAAAACAUAAACAACCUCAGAACAAACAAGAUGAUGAAUUUUGCAGCAUUUGGCAAACUUUACAGAGCUCUGGAAAGUCUCACCCUACUCAACAAAAUAGGCAUGAGAAGGGUGGAAUUUUACCUCACUCUAUAAAGCUAAGUACCAGUGGCCAGUUUUGCAAACCAGGCUUUAAUGAGAGUAGUUUCAAAGGACAUCAGAGAAAACAAGAAUUGUUUAAAAAAUCCAAAGAAGAUUGUAAAGAUGCAAGAAAUGAAGGUGAAAGACAUAAAGUAUCAAAUAAACCGAAUUUUUCAGGUGCUACCCAGUAUAAUGUGAAGCUUUUGAAGAGGAAUGAGGCUCCAAAUAUCUCAGCAGAACAAAGGUCAGAAGUUGAUGGUCCCAGUAUAACUGAGAAGAAUGGAACUGAACUUGAAGGCAUCUUAGCAUCUUUGAAACUUUUCCAAGAAAAGGAAGUACAGUCAUCUUAUUCCAAGGAGCCAACAAAUGAAGAGCACUUGUCUCCACAAUCUUUUGCUAUGAAGGGGACACAGAUGCUCAAAGAAAUUUUGAAGAUAGAUGCUUCUGACACUGCUGAAGGAAAGACAGCAAUUAAUGAAGUUUCUACUUCUACGGGUAGGCAAGAUUCUUAUGGACCUGCCUCACAACAUAGACAUACAAAAAAGAUGGCUGCUUUCAUGAGCAAAUCCCCUGGCACGGGAGGAUCUCAGAACACUCAGGCCAUAGAAACUGGUAGUCACCCUCUUCAUGGACUACCAAAUUCAUUGUCCACUCCAGUAUCUGAGCUGUCACGUAUUUGUUCUCUUGUUGGAAUGUUGCCACCAGAUUUUUCCUUCCUUAGAACCCCACAGACAAUGACCGUUUGUCAAGUAAAGUUGUCAAAUGGUUUAUUAGUACAUGGACCUCAAUGCCAUUCUGAAAAUGAAGCCAAGGAGAAUGCUGCAUUGUUUGCUUUACAGCAGUUGAGCUCUGUUGGAAUGAACUUUCCACUCCCGCCACCACCAGCAGCACCAGUAUUCCCAAAUUUUCCACCUGUUGGAGCUCUUGUGCCACCUGGAUCUAUUCCUCCAGUCUUCACCCAACACAGUGCUAAUAUGUUCCCUUCACCAGCUCAUGCAUUUGGCCCAGUACGAUGGGGAACACCAGUGCCAGUUCAUGGCAAAACUUAUUAUGCUGGUUCAUAUCCUGGAAACAUGCCUUUUUUAGGUAGUGUACCAAUUGGCACACAUAACCAGUUCAUACCUUUACAGGUAACUAAAAAAAGGGCUGCAAGCAAGAUGAACUCUGAAUCUAAGGAAUUCUCAGUUUCUCCUCAAGACACACAGUUAAAGAUUGAACAGCCAGUAACUGAUACCACAAAACUGAAUCUCCAGGAUGGUUCUUCAGAUUCCUUAAGAUCUCCUCAGCAAACUGCUCAGUCUGUGAUGGGAUUUCAAGAGAAAAUGGCUUCUUCAAACCCAGUUGCAUCCCGUAAAAAAUCAACACCAAAUGUAUCUAUCAAGAGAAAGCCUAGAAAAUUAGCUGUCAAUUUUGGGGCACCCAAAUCUUCAGAAUAAGCAUGGUAUCUGGAUGACUUUAUUAAAAAAAAAUAAAAAUUUUAGUGUAAUAACUCAAAACAUGCUUUGAAUUGUGACUAUCUCCUGUCACUCUAUUUUCAAUAUGUAAUUAUGUUCACUGAAGAGAUUGAUUUAAUCUGUUUAAAAUCCAUGAAACACUGAAUUAAGGAAACUGAUCUAUCUGUUGUGCCUCUGUCUCUUUAAAAUGAUUUUAUGGAUCUGUCCCUGAAGAGGAGCAAUAAUAUUGACAUGGCAGUCCUAAUAAUUGCUUUCUUUAAACAGAAUUGAGACACCAGCGAAUACAAAGCAUGAUUGUUGAUGUUGCUGUAACUUUUUAAAGUGAUUUAUUUAUAUGUAACCUGAACAAGUUAUCUCUCUAUUUUUCAGAUCUUUCUGAUCCAUUACAGUAUGACUAGAUUUUAACUAUUGUGACACUGCCACCUUUGUUUUUAUGUAAGAUUCAUUUCUAGGAGUUAUGCCAAAGCAGCUUAAGAACUUGGACAUUGUCUGACUAAAAUUGUUGUAAUAAACUGUCUUUAACAUACUGGCACCAUUAACAAACAAGUGACAAGAAAACCAGAGUAGAUAUGUUUCAGAAAUAUUUUACAGAGUAGUGUUUUAAGUACAGGUAUGUGAGGAGGUGUCCCUUAAUUGUUGGAAGUAGUAAUUUGAGUGAUUGACUUGAUAACCUGUACUACAGAUCUGGUAUUCCUAGGACCCAUCAGAAAACCCAAAAACUUUGACUUUUUAGUGCUUUUAUUGAUGUUUACCUGUAUAUAUUCUUUGGUCUGGUGUAUCCAAAGCAUGACUCCUGAAUCGUUUAUUUUUAUUAAUAUCAGCUAUUGUUUGAAUGAUUCCAUGUUUCUGUAGGGCAGAGAUUGAUGUUUUACCUUCAUAGUUUGGAAGAUGCUGCAGCACAGUCUCACAUUCAGACUCAGUAGUUUCUUCUUUCUACUCAGUGUAUAACCUAAUAUCCUUCAGUUCAAAUUUAUGUUGCAUUGUUAGAGAGAUAGAUAACAUUAAAUGGAAAGAUGCUAUUUUAUCACUAGCUUUCAAAAUGUCACAAUGUUAUUUUUAGCAUCACCUAUUUUGUACAGGAUGUGUUGGCUGUCAUGCCUCACACAUUGCUUUUUCCAAAUGGACUUCCAUGUAAGAAAAUAAUGUCUGAAUAGUACUAUCUGUUCAGGUAUCUGAAUAGUAUGUCUCUUCAUACUGCUAAGUAAAUGAAUCACAAAGCUUUCUAAAUUUAAGUUUGUGGAUGGAAGAAUAUAUGCAUGCACACACAUGCAGCAGUACUGUUCUUCAAAUUAUAGAGCAGUGGUCCCCAAACUUUGGUCAUCCAGAUGUUUUGGAUUUCCACUCCCAGAAUUCCUGGCUGUUGACCAAACUAUCUGGGGCUUCUGGGAAUUGAAGUUCAAAACACCUGGAGGACCAAAUUUUGGUAAUCACUGCUGGAGUAUGGUACUUUAACCACAUUCAAAUGAGUGUUAAUGUGCAAGCAGUAGAACACAGUAGUUUAAGGGGAGUGCCACACUGCACUGUGGGAAAUGAGCAUCUACCACAGAACCUUAUGCACAAUUCAUCUAAAAGUAAGAAAUGGUUUCCUCAGUUAUUAUUGUUUAGGAGACUGUUUACAGAGAUCAGUGGGUCUUAAAAAUGGCUUAACUUGGGGCUGAGUCCAGACAUUUUUGUUAAUAUUGCCUGAUAAUCAAUAUCGUUUAAAUUCUGUUUCAUAGUUAGAUCAGAGAUUUACCAAUGUGUCUAGAUAUGUUAUUUAAAAUAGUCUUUUGUUUGAGAUCUAGGAAUAUAAAUGGCUAAUUCACCCUUAUUCCAGAUACUAGCAUCCAUUUCUCUAAUUCCACCAGACUUACUUUGACCUCUGCAUACUAGGACUUAGUCCUAUGGAAGGAAUUCUGAAAGCUGAUUUUCUUUUUUUGACUCAGAACCAGCAAAUGUACAUCUGUUUAUUGUUACUUAAUACCAGGGGCUCUUCCUUCUCAGUAAAACUGCCAGUUGAGUUUUCAUCAACUUGGUUCCCAUCCAUGUUUUGUGUUGUGUCUGUUUCACUCUAUCUUGUUUUAUUAUGCUAAUUUGGAGGCACCCAGUUUCUAGGUAUGUAACAUAUAAGACAUAAAAAAUUGGUUUUAGGCAUUUUAUUCAUAAUUACAUUCUGUUUUUUUAUAAAGAUUAUAUGUCUCAUUUCUCUCAAAGGAUAUUUUGUAAAUGCUGGAUUUUUCACUGAGAUCUUGUAUAGAGUAGUAUUUUAUUAAAAUCUGAAAGGGAAGAUUUUUAUGUGUACAUUUUGUAGUUUCGUUUUAAAAAAGAAAGCAAUUGGUCUGUCUGCCAAGUGAAAUGUUUGAACUUGGUAUGAAUGGGCUGCAUCAUUGUGUAUAGUGUUGUGCAUUUCAGAAUUCUAGCAUUUGGUCAUGCAAAAGAUUAUUAAAAAAUAUUUUAAAUUUGUAUGUAAAAUAAACUGAAAAAACAUAUGGAUUGCAUACUCUGGAGAGCUUUAAUACAAUAAUUUUAUAAAAGGCAUGCCCACAUCUGCUUGCAUUAAAAACGUAUACAAUUA